UUCUUUCUCGCGUGUAUCUGGAGUGCCAAGGAAAUGAGAGCCGAUAUCGAAGUCUUCAUCUGUAUCUUACUCACCUCAUUUUCCAACGGGUAACUUAAUCUAACAUCUCUCAAGAAGAACUCAUCAUAUGCGUUGCCUUAGAGUUCAAUAUUCAAUUUAACUGAUUUAACAAUUUCUAGAAGUUCUAUUCCUGAAAGUUGGUUAAAAAUAUUUUUUUCGGCACUUCAUCCAAAGAAUUUGUCUUUUAUACUUCAGAUUAGAAAAUAUUCAUCCCGCCUGCCAAAAUAUGUGGGACAACGCAGGAAAUAACUUGGUGGUUCCUCACGAAUUAAAAGUUGAUGCGGUGAACAACGCAAAUCCGUUGUUUAAGGUGCUUUCAGCGGGAGCUGGAAAAGUCAGAUCUCCUGAAUUUCAACGAUUCAAAGGUAUUUAAGGUUUCUUUGGUAUCUUUUGUUUCAAAGCCACUUACCACUGACAAGUGAAAAUCUAUGGGGAGCCAUUUGUGCCAAAAAUAUCAAUCGCUAUUUGUCUCUUAUAAAAAGGGAGAGCAAAGAUAUAAUUUAAAGGCGAUUAUGCGACGCGACCACAAAAGCCACAUGGGUAGUCCGUGCCGGUCUGUCUUUGCCUUUAUUGUCAUUUCAAUGUUCCUUAUUAGAUUUCAAGAAAGUAAGUAAGAUUUGAUCGGUUAAAAAAUCGACACUAGCACUAACGAUUAAGUUUUAUCACUAGCGAUUGAUACUUUGGCACCAUGACGAGCUUUGCUCAAGAAAAGAAUUCACAUCAGGGAUGCGUAAAAUGAUCCAUAGGCUUGUCAAAGUAAAGCGAGAGGGCUCAAUUAGCAAGUGAAAGCGAGGUGUUUGGCUUCGAGCGUGAAAUUAAUUGAAGUUAACAAUUAAAAUGUAAACAGGCGCGAGGAUCCGCGCGGCUUGCGCGUUAGGAGUGCUACGUAAAUUUAGGACUCUUUUGCACAAUUUUCUCUUUAGAAAUAACUACGCAUUCAUGACGUGAAUGGCAAUUUUCAUAAUUGUAGAAUGAUUCAGCGAUAAGAACAGCUUAGCUAAGCCGUAGUGUGUCAUGGCAUUUGAGGAUAGCCUGGUUGUAGUGCGUGACAUGACUAUCAAGUAACAGUUGUUGUACCCAGCAUGUUUUGUCCGUGAUCUACAGAUCUAUUGGUUUGUGACGCAAAGAGCGAUUAUCUGUUCUGUCACGACAAUACCAAAAUUAAAUUGUGUUAGCCAACUUAUAUUUCACUCUGAUCAGACCUUUGACUCUAAGUCAGCAUGGAGGCCGGUGAGCCGCUCGGUAAGGACCUUGUUUUCAAGAGAGAUUUCGACUGCAGUAUGUUCUGGAGAUACAAGAGUAUCAUUUAACACUUGAAACGAUUGGGUAAAUAUUUUGAUAAUACUUUUCUGGCGUCCAUACUAAGGAGCUCUUUCAGUAUAAAAUAUCAUUUUAGUAAGUCCCAAUCAUCAGGUAAGCGCGGGAACUUAUCCCGCGAAAAUUCUGUGCCAAGGUACGAGUGUAUUCGGCGGUAUCUGCGAAAAGGGGCCAUCGUUCUUUCCUUAAGGUAAGGUCUUAACUGUGUAUUACUUCGCGAGGAAGAAAUUCUACUCGCUGGCCUGUCUAAUUUGGCUUUUAGGUAAGGUUGUAUGCCUGAUAAUUUCUGUCUAGAGCUAUAUGAUGACGCGCGAUAAAUCUCGCUGCUUAAUAACCUUUGAGCGGAAAAUGAUGAUGCCCAAACCAUUUAAUCAACAAAGCAAGGUUUACCUUUACUUCUGUGCUUUCGAAGCAAGAGAAGGAAUUAUUUCUGUGAUAGUCAGGUGACAGAUGCUUAAAAUUACAUGGUGUAUUAUCCAACUGUUGAAACCUAACAUGAGCCAGAUGAACUAAUUACGGAAUGAACCCUGACAUCAGAGCUCAAAUAUUCCUUCCCUAUAAGAUGACGCACUCUUAGCAGGUUAGUGUGUUUUCUUACUAAUCGUACUGUACUAUUUCGCAGUUUCGAAAGUAGAAUCCUAAAGAUGCUCUCGUUCUUUUGUUAUUUCUUACCCACUCUCUCGGGUAAUCAGUCUUUAGUUCCCUGACUUAUCUCCGUGAGGGAAGAACCUUCAUUUUUUAAUUUUUUUCCCGGUUUUGUCAUUCGUUUGUGAGUUGUUGUUUUCUGAAGGCAGAACCUUUCCUUUUUUUUUUCACCUGGUUCUGUCUCUCUUGGGUAGUCAGUCCUGUUUGGGCUGUUGUUAUCUGAAGGCAGAACCUUUCCUUUUUUUUCCACCUGGUUCUGUCUCUCUUGGGUAGUCAGUCCUAUUUGGGCUGUUGUUAUCUGAAGGCAGAACCUUUCCCUUUUUUCCACCUGGUUCUGUCUCUCUUGGGUAGUCAGUCCUAUUUGGGCUGUAGUUAUCUGAAGGCAAAACCUUUCCCUUUUUUUCACCUGGUUCUGUCUCUCUUGGGUAGUCAGUCCUAUUUGGGCUGUAGUUAUCUGAAGGCAGAACCUUUCCCUUUUUUUCACCUGGUUCUGUCUCUCUUGGGUAGUCAGUCCUAUUUGGGCUGUUGUUAUCUGAAGGCAGAACCUUUCCCUUUUUUCACCUGGUUCUGUCUCUCUUGGGUAGUCAGUCCUAUUUGGGCUGUUGUUAUCUGAAGGCAGAACCUUUCCUUUUUUUUUUUCACCUGGUUCUGUCUCUCUUGGGUAGUCAGUCCUAUUUGGGCUGUUGUUAUCUGAAGGCAGAACCUUUCCCUUUUUUUCACCUGGUUCUGUCUCUCUUGGGUAGUAAGUCCUAUUUGGGCUGUUGUUAUCUGAAGGCAGAACCUUUCCCUUUUUUUCACCUGGUUCUGUCUCUCUUGGGUAGUCAGUUCUAUUUGGACUGUUGUUAUCUGAAGGCAAAAUCGUUCCUUUUUUUAUUUGGUUCUGUCUCUCUUUGGGAGUUGUUUCAAUUUAGACUGUGUGUUUUCAUCUUAUGACAAACUAAUUUUGAGUAUGAAUUGCGACAUAAUUAAAUUUACUUGUCUUAAUUUUUUUUCCUUUGCAGAUUUCAUUGAACGUUAACCGCGAAAAGUCGUGAUGAAAAAGCAAUGUUUGUUUUCAUAAAAAAAGAUAGUUUUCCUGUUGAGAUGACUAACCAAAUAAGUGCACGUUCCGUUGACUGGUAAUUUUUACGUCGAUGUUGUGUUUGCCUUGAUGGUGUCUGUCCUCAAAUCCCGUGAUGUUUCAAUUAAAAAUAAAUAACCAGUUUAGGAAUAAAAUUACCAACGAGUAAAAUACCUCUUCUCGUAACAUAUGAAAUUGUAUUUACAUUUCCAACUCUUGCUUCAGACACGAGAUGUAAAAUCGGUCAUAGAUUGUAAAAGAGAUUUGUGAGUAAAGAACUUUUUCUACUUGUCCUUUUUUAUUUUCUCGCAGCCUUUUACAAGAGGUUCGGUGUCUUCGCAGUGGCGCGCCAGGAAACCCCAGCAGGAAAAUUUUUUUAAAGAUUUUACUCCUUUAAUGAUCUCUUUAAAGUAUAUUACUCCCUUAGCAUUUAGCCAAUUAUAUGGUUGCGGCGGAGGGUGCAAAAAAAAUCCGUUAUAUAUUUCUUUACAGGCCAAUAUUAUCGGAAAAAACCCAAACAAACAAACAAAAUGAGGUCUGUUGCGCUGUGUGAUCCAUGAGUGUUCUCAUCGCGGUUAGGGCUUGCUUUUGCUUGCGGUAUUAUUUUCCGGAGUGGACAUACCAUUACUACAUUUUUGUUAGCGUUUAAAAAUCGGAAAUACAUGGUUUUGGUAAAAAACUUCAUCUUUUUCAACUCUUAACGACUGUCGAGUUGUGUGUAUCAAUAGAGUGGGUCAGCAAAUUUGCAUUCUAUGUUGCGCAAGGGGCAAGAGAAAAUGGUUGACUCCCCGCGAGUGAAGCUGACGCUCCAGGUUGAUGUCGAUCCAUUAUUAUCCUUCGUAAACAAAAUUUCGAUCAUGUAGUUAAAUUAUAAAAUUUCUUUGGCUUACAUUGAGCGCUUUAAAGUAAACUUGAGUUGUUAGUUCCACGCGAGGGUUUAACCUUGAAAAAUGCAAUCACGCGAGUGAAGCUGACAUUAACGCGUGUCCCUAUCUGGAAAACAUUCGUAUUGUGACAAGAAGGGUCUAUUUUAAGGUUUUGGGUUACUCUCGCCAUGCAAUUUGGACGCCGAAAAGUGCCAAAAAAGUAAUUACUGAAAAUUCAUCCGCAACACCUCGGUCGUUCUGUGGGCGCGAAGUCAGUUCUUCUCUUACAGUUAAUAAUUGCCAGGCGGAUCUCAGAUCCGCCUCAGCCUCAUUUGCAUAAAUUCUUUUGGUGAGCAAAGCUCGUCAUGCAAUUGAGUUUUAUCACUAGCGAUCCACUGAAGACAUUGUUGGUCUACAAUAUCGCUCUGCUUAAUAACCAACCUAUUGUAAGUAAUUUAUUUCUACAGCGGAAAUAAAACUCAAGGAUGGACUGUGUGGGCCAAAAAUGCAUCAAUUGUAAACGUUUUUCCCUUUUUUUUUUUAAUAAAAUUACGACUUAAAAAAAAACACUUUACAGAGAAAUCUUGUCUAUAGGCUAAAAUAACCGGGAAAUUGAUUGGCAGUGCAAAGUUGCGCCGGGAUUGUUAUAAUUCAUCAAGGUAACUCAGGUUUGUGUAGUAUUAUGACAAAGAUUUACAGCAAUUAUUACGUUCCCUGCUUCUUAGCUUAAAAUCGAGAUCACGUACGCUUUCAGAGAAAAAGAAGUCUCAAUCUAAAAAAAAUGAAAAAUCCCCUAGAUUUUGAUGUUUUGAAAAAACGCCGUUGAGUCAGGUGGAAAAUUGUAAAUGUUUUCUAUAAUUCUAAACAGUGUUGAUGGGCGAUUACCGAGCUGUGCGGCCUGCUCCCACUCAGCAACAUAUAGAUGCCUUCAUAACUGCGGUAACCCAACCAGGUGGACCUAUGCAGGCGGCAUUCGAUUAUUUAAAGCAGAAGGGAUUAUUGCCCCCAGGCGUGGUAUGUGUAGACCACUUCUUGUAA